AGUCAACAUCUGUGAAACUUAUUGCUCUCUUCAGACUGGUCCACCACGAGUUGAUAAUGUCUUGGUUAAAUGCAAGAGUUGAUAAAUGCCGUUGCAGCCCUUUUUCCAAAUGCAGAACACAGACAUUGUUCUAGGCAUAGAUAUGCCAACUUCAGGAAGAAACACAAAGGGAAGGAAUUGCAAGCCUUAUUUUGGAGAUGUGUGAAGGCACUAAAUGAGGCAGAAUUUAAUGCAGCCUUAGCAGAGUUAGGCAAAUUGAAGCCUGCAGCAAGGGAUGACAUAGUGAAUGUGGAUCCCAAGCACUGGAGCAGAGCUUUUUUUAAAGCUGAAAUUAAGUCAUCUGUGGUCAACAAUAACAUGUGUGAGGUGUUCAAUGCCUUACUUGUUGAUGCACGACACAAGGCAAUAAUUUCUAUGAAUCAAGAAAUGAGAGCUAUGUGUGCAGCAAGAACUGUUGUUAGGAGAGAGUUUGGAUCUGCUAAGUUUGUGGGAGAAUUUGGGCCUAAGAUUUGGACUAAGAUUGUACGGAAUAGGGAAGGUAGCAAGAAAUGCAAAGUCCUAUGGCCUGGUGGAGGUGGUUUUGAAGUUGAGGAUUACAUGAAUAGUAAAAAUAAAGUCAAUUCAGGCAGAAACACUUAUAUUAUUGGGUACAAGUUGUCAAGAUUUAGGGCCUCUUAUGCAUAUGAGGUACCAGUUGUUGAAGGCAUGAAUCAAUGGACACCAACAAGGAUGCCAGCCAUACAGCCACCUGCACAACGGAAGAUGCCUGGCAAGCCUAAGAAAAAAAGAAAUCCCGAAGAAUGGGAAGGAAAGAAAAAAAAUGGGAAGACAAGGAAGACAAAUGACCUACCAGAAAUGCUUCCAAAAAGGUCACAAUUCCAGAUCGUGCCCCAAAUGGAGAAUGAACCAUCUGUGGAGCAACCACCCCCUGUUGAGGACAACCAGCCACCUCAUGGAGAAGACAACCUACCACGCAUUGCUGAGGAAGAACUAGUGAACAUGACCCAAAAAGAUCCUCUAAAGAAGGCAGAAAAGAGAGCAAGGAAAAAUACCCGAACCCCAACCCAGCAAGAGGAUUCGCCAUCUGCGCCUCCAUCUGAAACCCAUUCACAAUCCACAAAAACACAAAAAGUCAAGCAUGCCUAUCCAAAAGGGAAGGGGAAGCAACAAUUUGAAGGUUUUGGAACAUAUGUGAAUCCGAAUACAGGUUUUUCCAAAUUAAAUCCUGGACAUAGAAGUGAAAGAAUUUUGUCAUUUGGAUAUGCUCAAAAGAGGGCUACGGGAGUUGGAGAUAGAGGAAUCCCCGUUGUAACUCGAACGCUUGCACCAACAGCACCUGCACCAACAGCACCUGCACCAAUAGCACCUAUAGUACCUGCACCAAUGGCACCUCCAUCUAUAACAGCAACAACUCCCUCAAGAAACAGUAGGCGCACUAGGCAAUUUGUUACUGCCACUAACUUGCAAGCACAAUUAUGGGAAAAAGGAAGGCAAAAGGAAGGGCAGAAGGAAAAAGAAGCACUUGGUCGUUGGGCAGAGUUAUUGACUAAAAUCCACACAGAUAAACAGUCAAACGUUUAGACUAUGAAGUUUUUUUUAUUUGAACAGCUAGACUGUGAAGUUAUUAUGUGUUGUUUGCAUGGAUGCUUCUUUUUUGGACAGAUUAGGGUGUGUAUUGCCUGGAUGAUUGUUUUUGGACAGCCACCCUUGUUGAGUGUAAAGCUUUUUGUUGUGUGUUUAGGGUGUGCUUCUGUUUUGGACAGAUUAAGGUGUGCUUCUGUUUUGGACAGAUUAGGGUGUGUAGUACAUAGAGUGAUAUUGCAUGGACACGUGUUUUUGGACAGAUAUGGGAGUUUAGGUUGCUUGUUGUAUUUGGUAGGGAAUCUGCUAUAAUGUGCUUUUAUUUUGGAUUUGAACAACAUAUAUUUUGUAUUUUACUGUAUAUACAUUGUAAUUUUGGUAUUGGGAUUAAUGAAAUGCAUAUAUUGACUUUUGUGAAUUGCUUUAGGUAAAUGACCAAUUGCCAAAUUUGCCUAUCUUUGGAUACCAGAAUGCUUUUGUGCAGAAAUUGGUAUAAAAAUGCAAUUGAAAC